CAGCAUUUGUGUUCACAUAAGACUAAGAUUGUGUAGCCUAUUUGAGUGAAUGCUGUUUCUCGACUCUCAGGAUCCGUUCAGCUGAAUGAUUAGUUUGUCAUUUCCACACAGAGUAAGUGCUGGAGAUCUCACUCUUCAUCAUGAAUCACACACAGACACCCCGAGAUCAAGAGUUUUCUCCAGGAUGCAGUUCAGUUCAUCAUAAGAGAUCAGAACCAGAGCCCAGCUGUGUGUUUAUGAAGAGUGAUGAGUCUAUAGAUCAUUCCCAAAAUAUCAGUUCAGUUCACCAAAAGAAAUCAGAACCAGAGCCCAGCUGUGUGUCUAUGAGGAGUGAUGCUUCUUUGCUUCAUCUAAUUGAUUUCAAGAGUGAUGACUUAAGGUUUAACCUCAAGCAUGAAGUCCUCAACAUUUUUAGAUCAAAUCUGAUGAAGAAGUUUGAGUGUCUGUAUGAGGGAACAGCGACGCAGGGAAACCCAACACUCCUGAAUGAGAUCUACACAGAGCUCUACAUCACAGAGAGUGAGAGUGGAGAGAUCAGUAAUGAGCAUGAGGUGAGACAGAUUGAGACACAAUCCAGGAGAGCAGCAACAGAGGACACAGCCAUCAAAUGCAAUGACAUCUUUAGAGCUUUACCUGGACAAGACAAACCCAUCAGAACUGUGCUGUCAAAAGGAGUCGCUGGCAUUGGAAAAACAGUCUCUGUGCAGAAGUUCAUCCUGGACUGGGCUGAAGGGAAAGAGAAUCAGGACGUCCAGCUCAUAUUUCCACUUCCUUUCAGAGAAAUCAAUCUGAUGAAGGACAAAACACUCAGUCUUUCAGAUCUUCUUCAUGUCUUUUUCCCUGAAACUAAAGAAAUGGAAAUAUCCAGUGAUGAAUAUGAAGUGUUGUUCAUCUUUGAUGGUUUGGACGAAUGUCGUCUUCCCUUAUAUUUUCAAAGAAAUGAGACACUACGGGAUAAAGCUGUGGAUGAGGCUUUACAGAGUAAAAAUGGACAUCUGGAUCUUUUCCUGCGGUUCCUUCUGGGUUUGUCAGUGGAGUCUCAUCAGAUUCUCCUACAACGAAUAAUGACGCUGAAAAGAAGCAUCUCUGACAGCAAUGAGAUAACAGUUGAGUACAUCAAGUGGAAGAUCAGGACCAUUGACUCUCCAGAGAAAUCCAUCAAUCUGUUCCACUGUCUGAAUGAACUGGGUGAUCAUUCACUAGUGGAGGAAAUACAACAGUAUCUGAAAUCUGGAAAUUUAAGUGAAGCCAAACUCUCUUCAUCUCAGUGGGCAGCUGUAGUUUUUGUGUUGUUGACAUCAGAGGAGGAACUGAAUGAGUUUCGUCUUGAUAAAUUUGUUAAAGAAAAGAAUAAACCUGAACAUAUGAAAGUUCUUCAGAAGUUGCUGCCUGUGAUUAAAGAAUCCAGAUCAGUCCAGUUGUAUAAUUGUGGCAUCACAGAUGAAGGUUGUGCUGCUCUGGCUUCAGCUCUGAGAUCAAACCCCUCACACCUGAGAGAACUGAAUCUGUCUGGGAAUAAACUAGGAGAUUCAGUGAAACUGCUUUCUGAUGUACUACAGAAUCCUCACUGUAAACUGGAGAAACUGAGGUUGUAUAAUUGUGGCAUCAGAGAUGAAGGUUGUGCUGCUUUGGUUUCAGCUCUGAGAUCAAACCCCUCACCCCUGAGAGAAUUGGAUCUGUCUGGAAAUAAACUACGAAAAUCUGAAGUGAAGUUACUCUCUGAUCUGAAGGAUGAUCCAUAUUACAAACUGGAGACAUUAUACUAUUGACUCUCUGUAUUUAGACAUCAGUCCAGUUUCCUCAGGAUGAGCUGAUGGUGAAUAAGGAGCCGCUACAGAGACGUCACAGUCACACAAUCAACAGAGACUGCGUGAUUGGGACCCCAUAAAAUUAUGUUAAAAAAGGAUGUUCAUUUGGGGUUCAUUUUUCUGACCGACUCACAACGCUCGUUAACCAAUCAUUGACUGUUAACCGACAAAAUUAGAAUGUUCAAUUAAAUUUAAAUUAAAUUGGAAUGGAUAAGUUUAUGUGAACCAUCAAAAGACCCAUUAAA